ACUAAGGUAAUAUGGCCGUCAAAAGUAGCAGUUCUGCUACAUCAUUGAGCCAAAUAAUUUAGCUAAAAAUACCGUAAAGUGUUUCCCCCACAGCAGUGAUAAUUGAAAAUUUAGUGAAAUUGGACCUAUCGGUGUAAAAAAUACGGCCGAUAAUGAAGAUAACAGUGAGAAAUCUUUAUCAAAAAAAUUUCAUUAUUCACAUAGACCCGUCUAAAACGGUCAAAGACUUAAAACAACAAAUCGAAGCCGAAAAGGGUAAAGAGUACCGAUGGGACUACCAGAGACUAAUCUACAGAGGUAAAAUCUUGAAAGAUGAGGCCCCAUUAUCCGAAUACAACAUCGACGAGGACAAAUUUAUCGUGAUUAUGGUCUCAAAACCCGACUCUGGUAGUACUGAAGUAGCCCCCAGUGGCGACAAUUCCACGACUCAACCCAGCUCGACACCUGCACCAGCCCCUGCCCCGGCAGCCCCAACUCCCGCCCAACCGGCUUCAAAUCUGAGCAGCGAAGCGGAAUCCGCCCUCCUAAUGGGCGAAGAAUACGAAAACAUGGUUCAGAACAUCGUCGACAUGGGUUACCCCCGUGACCAGGUCGAGCAGGCCCUCCGCGCCAGCUACAACAACCCCGAUCGGGCUGUCGAGUACCUCAUUAAUGGCAUCCCGGCCAUGGGGGAGGACCAGGAGGCAGCCCCCAGCAUGUCAGGGAUCGACGAACGACAGUCGGACGCUAGUGACCCCCUCGCCUUCCUGCGCAGCCAACCACAAUUCCAGCAAAUGAAACAGGUUGUCCAACAAAAUCCCCAACUUUUGAACGCGGUUUUGCAACAAUUAGGACAGACAAAUCCUGCACUUUUGAACCUGAUUUCACAAAAUCAGGAAUCUUUCGUCAGACUGCUCAAUGAACCCUCCACGGGGGCUCCUGCUGCGACUGGAAAUGCACCUGCCGCCCCCGUAGCGGCACAGGGAGGUGGGACUCCGCCCCAGGGAACAACAAUUCAAUUCACCCCACAAGACAAAGACGCUAUUGAGAGAUUGAAGGCUUUGGGUUUUCCCGAACAUCUAGUAGUCCAAGCGUAUUUCGCGUGUGAAAAAAAUGAAAAUCUAGCAGCAAAUUUCCUGCUGUCGCAGAAUUUUGAUGACUAACACGCUUUUUUGAGGUUAUGUUUCGCCUAAUUUUGUCAUUAUUUUUAAAAAUUGUACUUUUGAAAUAAACGAUGUGUUUAUUGUACGUAUUUCGCUUGUAAAUAGGCUGUUGGUAUAAAAAAAAACAAGUUUUCUUGAAUUAUUUUGUAAUAUACUUGGCAGUAAUGGAAUUGAUUUAUUUAUUCUGAUUCGCAUUUUUUACAAGCUUAUCUCAUGUAAUAAUUACAAAUACGAUAAUUAAUAAAAAAAACAGUGCAAUGUU